CCUUUUAUCCCCCCCCCCUCACUGCUUCUCCUCUCACCUUCCCUCUAGUUUAUUCUUCCAGACUUGAAGCACUCUUCUGAACGAGUGAGUUCGUAUAAGUGCACAAGGACAGAGACGUCAAUACAGGACCGGCUUACAGGCUGUUGGGUAACUCACAAGGAACUACACGCAUUCACUCACACGCUCACUUACACACAAACUCCAAAAGGAAACCACAGUGUAAACACACACAGACAAAGAAAAAUUUGAUCAAGAGUCUAGACAGCAGGACGAAACUUCAAAGUGCGGGAGUCGAGAGAAGAGGAAGAAAAGGAACGAGGAGACAAAAGAGAGGAGCGAGUGAAGAAGAAGGGCCAUGGCAAGCACUCAGAUACCAAGCCGGCUAACUCUGAUUGUCUGUCUGCUGCUGCUCAUCACUGGCACACAGAGCAAACGCAGACUCAGGAGGAGAGGACUCAGCCAGAAGGACUACGAGUACCCAAACCACUCCCAGUCCACUCAACACCAGAAGAAUGAUCGGUGCCCACCUCCACCUCAGAUGCUUCCUGAGCGAGCGUGUGAUGUGCCCAGCUGCCGCUCAGACUCAGAGUGUGAGAGACACAAACAAUGCUGUUACAAUGGCUGCAUCUACGCCUGUCUAGAGUCAGUUCAGCCUCCACCAGUGCUGGAUUGGUUGGUGCAGCCAAAGCCACGGUGGCUUGGUGGAAACGGCUGGCUCUUAGAUGGACCAGAGGAGGUACUUCAGGCUGAGGCAUGCAGCACUACAGAGGAUGGGGACGAGCCAUUACACUGUCCUACUGGAUAUGAAUGCCACAUCAUCAACCCUGGAAACCCCUCUGCAGGCAUCCCUAACCGAGGCCAGUGUAUCAAACAGCGGGGAAACUCAGAUGGUCGUAGCCUGAGGCACAAGUACUACAAAGAUCACAAGGAUUAUUUAGGAAGCAACACCAACAUAGCAGUGGGUUAUGAAGAACACCAGAAGCACUGAAGAGCAGGUGACCUUCAUAGCCCAACAGAAUGUAUGCAGUAAAACAAAACCAGCCAAAAACUUCUGCAGAAACUGAAUUGCUUUACUUUAUAAUUGGUGCUUUAUUUUGAAGGUGCUAAAACUCGAAAAAGUCAACAGUUCCUACCUCCUUGUUAUAACUUGCCAGCAUGAUGCACCACUGUGCAUUUUCAUCACUUUCUCAGAUAAACACACUGCUUAGUUUUAAAGUAUUUGUUCUCAAACUUAUAUUUAAUGCUAAACCUGAGAAUGUACUAAAUAUAUAAGUAUCCUUACAUGCUUUACCGGGGUCUGGUAAAACCAAAAAACGUGUUGGUCCACAAACAUCUCAGGCAUUAUUUUUAUAUAAUUUAUUCCCCCAUUGUAAGUUUUACCUACUAUAGUCAUUUAGAUUGGAAAUGGUAAAAAGAAAUCGUGUAGGAGCUGGAUUUUUCAGAUGGAGAAGUGACAUCUUACUCUGUUCUUACUUAACAAAGCAUAAUGUGGAUUAUCAGUCCUGUAUUCAUAAUGAGUUAUUUGAGCAUAUUUAUACCAUGUUAUACAGCAUAUUAUUUUGUUUACUACAGCAACGUCAUCAAUUCGGUUUUAAGGAAUGGCAUAUUGUUCUUGGUUAAAAUUCACAGCUAUAUGUAUUACCAGAUUUUCUUUGUUCCCUGUUAAAGAUUUUUUUUUCAAGUUGUUACCAUGAAUCUGCAAAAUGCAUUGGUUUUUCUCCUGUGGUGGAAAACUUGCAGUUUUCCCUGGAACUUUUACAAAGGAUUGGCUGUAAGAAAUUCCUCCAUCCUAUUUGAAGAAAUAUUUCCUUACAGAAAACAUUCGAGCUGAUAUUAUACUAACAAUCACUGAGACAAAUUCGAGUGCCACAGCCCUGUGUUGUAAACCUUAUAAAUACUUCCAGUUAGUUUAUAAAUAUUUUUAGAUACUUCAUAAAUAGUUCCAGUUACAUACACAACACCUUACAAAUUGAGUACAUGACCACAAAAACAUGGGACAGAAGGUAUUAUGACUGGAGACAGUAAUGUAGUAUCACACUGUAAACACGGGCUGUGUAAUCUGUUAUAAUACAUUUCGGUGUUCUUAUGAACAAAUACAUGAGGCAUGCAAAUUAGCAUGCUGUGAAUAUAACCAUAUUUACAUGAGCCUUCAAAAAGGAAUUCUGUGUGCUGAGCAAUGUUAUAAAUGCAUCUAUAAUGCAUUAUGAAUACAAGUGGUGCUACAGAAAUGUGCAGUAUUUUUUUUAUUCCUGUGUAUCAUGAAUUAAAUCUUUUUCUGCAGU